AUGGCACCAGCAAUCGGUAUCGAUUUGGGUACCACGUACUCGUGCGUGGGUAUCUUCAGAGAUGACCGCAUUGAGAUCAUCGCCAACGACCAGGGUAACCGAACCACGCCCUCGUUCGUUGCCUUCACCGACACAGAGCGUCUCAUCGGAGACUCCGCCAAGAACCAAGUCGCAAUGAACCCAAUCAACACAGUCUUCGAUGCCAAGCGAUUAAUCGGACGCAAGUUCGCAGACCCAGAGGUGCAGGCCGACAUGAAGCACUUCCCCUUCAAGGUCAUCGACAAAGGAGGCAAGCCUGUUGUUCAGGUUGAGUUCAAGGGCGAAGAGAAGACAUUCACACCAGAGGAGAUCUCAUCCAUGAUCCUCACCAAGAUGCGUGAGACCGCAGAGUCCUACCUUGGUUGCACAGUCAACAACGCUGUCGUCACUGUUCCUGCAUACUUCAACGACUCGCAGCGACAGGCAACCAAGGAUGCUGGUCUCAUUGCUGGUCUGAACGUGCUUCGUAUCAUCAACGAGCCCACCGCCGCUGCCAUUGCCUAUGGUCUCGACAAGAAGACUGAAGGCGAGCGCAAUGUCCUCAUCUUUGACUUGGGUGGUGGUACUUUUGAUGUGUCCCUUCUUACCAUUGAGGAGGGAAUCUUCGAAGUCAAGUCCACCGCCGGUGACACUCACUUGGGUGGUGAGGACUUCGACAACCGUCUUGUAAAUCACCUGACUACGGAGUUCCGCAGAAAGAAAAAGGAUUUGACCACCAACGCACGGGCCCUCCGACGUCUCCGAACUGCUUGCGAGAGAGCCAAGCGCACGCUCUCCUCGUCUGCUCAGACCUCUGUUGAGAUCGAUUCGUUAUUCGAGGGUAUUGACUUCUACACCUCCAUCACUCGAGCCCGUUUCGAGGAACUAUGCCAAGAUCUCUUCAGAUCGACCAUGGAGCCUGUUGAGCGCACUCUCAGAGAUGCAAAGAUCGACAAGUCUUCUGUGCACGAGAUCGUCCUUGUUGGUGGUUCCACCCGUAUCCCGAAGAUCCAGAAGAUGGUUUCCGAUUUCUUCAACGGCAAGGAGCCAAACCGCUCCAUCAACCCAGAUGAGGCCGUUGCCUACGGUGCAGCCGUCCAAGCCGCCAUCCUCUCUGGCGACACUUCCAGCAAGUCUACCAACGAGAUUCUUCUGCUCGAUGUCGCUCCGCUGUCCCUUGGUAUCGAGACUGCCGGUGGUGUCAUGACUCCUCUCAUCAAGCGCAACACUACCAUUCCAACCAAGAAGUCUGAGGUCUUCUCUACCUUUGCCGACAACCAGCCUGGUGUUUUGAUCCAGGUAUUCGAAGGGGAGCGUGCGCGUACGAAGGACAAUAACCUGCUUGGCAAAUUCGAGCUGACCGGUAUUCCACCCGCACCCCGUGGUGUUCCACAAAUUGAGGUCACAUUCGACAUUGAUGCCAACGGUAUUAUGAAUGUUUCCGCUCUCGAGAAGGGCACUGGCAAGACCAACAAGAUUGUCAUCACCAACGACAAGGGCCGCUUGUCCAAGGAGGAGAUUGAGCGCAUGUUGGCUGAGGCCGAGAAGUACAAGGAUGAAGACGAAGCCGAAGCCGCCCGCAUUCAGGCCAAGAAUGCUCUCGAGUCGUACGCAUACUCCCUCCGCACCACCCUCAGCGACCCAAAGACCGAAGAGAAGCUUGAGGCAUCCGACAAGGAGACCCUCAAGGCCAAGAUUGACGAGACUGUGGCCUGGUUGGACGACAGCCAGUCCGCGACCAAGGACGAGUAUGAGAGCCAACAGAAGGAGCUUGAGGGUGUAGCCAACCCAAUCAUGAUGAAGUUGUACGGUGCUGGAGGCGAAGGUGGCAUGCCAGGUAUGCCAGGUGGAGGUAUGCCAGGUGGUGCCGGUCCAUCUGCUGGUGGAGAUGACGGCCCAACCGUCGAGGAGGUUGACUAA